AUGGGUGAUCACGGUAACCGUAUUGGACUGGUGAGAUAUUCGUACACUGGAACUAUAGAAGAACGAAUGCCGCUGAUGGCUAUUCGACUGCCGACAAAUUUCAAAGUGGAAUACCCAGACGAAUACGCUAAUUUCUUGGAAAAUAAAUGGAAACUCACAAGUAACUUCGACAUCCAUCAAACGUUACGAGAUGUGGUACUGAUGAGAUUUGGAUCUGAAAGGACAAGCACUACGGCGUCAAAUGGUCGAGGGAUCAGCCUAUUCGACAAAAUACCUGCCACA